AUGACUUUGAUCUUCGCUAACGGUGAUAAAAGUACUCUCUCGGCAAGUAUCAUCGCUAUCACAUACGGCUUAGAGGUCAAGCCAGAGCAUGAUCCCAACAUUGAACGCGCCGACAAGGCGCUUGUACAUUUGAAGGAAGCUGCCAUUACUGGGAAUUUCAUAGUCGACAUCCUGCCUUUCCUGAAGUAUAUUCCGAGCUGGAUGCCGGGUGCCAGCUUCAAAGCCUACGCAGAGAGAGUGCGGCCGCAUACUGUGGAUAUGAGAAUCACUCCGUAUAAACAAGGUUGUGACCGCUUGCGUGAAGGAAAGGGCGAGCCAAGCGUCAUCUCUCGUAGUCUCGCUAGAGGCGGAUACAGCGAUGAAGAGGUAAUCAUAGAUACCGCAUGGGUUGCUUACGCAGGUGGUUCAGAGACUUCCCCUCUAGUGCUCUCUACAUUUAUUGCGGCGAUGCUCCUCCAUCCCGAAGUCCAGAGGAAGGCGCAAGAUGAACUAGACACCUAUUUGGGUUCACGUCUGCCUGCAUUUGACGAUAUACCACAUCUACCGUAUGUCCAUGCCAUCACGAUGGAAGCAUUAAGGAAAGUCAAUCCUUCUAUCCCAGCCGUGGCUUGUACUGAUGCCCAUACAAUAGGAGUGCCCCACCGACUGACGAUGGAUGACGAGUACAAGGGAUAUUUUAUACCCAAAGGAACCACAGUAUUCGCGAAUGUUUGGGCCCUCUUGAGAGACGAAGAAUACUAUCCCGAUGCGGACAAGUUCAAACCAGAAAGAUUUCUGAAGGACGGUAAAAUCGAUCCCAGCCUCCUCAACCCCAUCCCGAAUUUCGGAUUCGGACGAAGGAUAUGCCCUGGCCGCUUCUUCGCAAUGGACUCGCUCUUUAUGUCUAUCGCGUCGAUACUUACCUGCUUCAAUAUCAGUCAAGCGAAGGACUCGGAAGGUCGGGAUGUCGAACCAGAUAUUAGGUAUGAUCCUGGAUUCACAUUGCACAUUAUCCCGUUCAGAUGCUCCAUCACGCCCCGCUCGACUGAGGCAGAGAAACUCAUUCGGGACUUAGAGCUUAUGUGA